GAAUCCUUCACCUGGGUGGUUGAUAUCUCCAGUGCUCAGCAGAUAUGGCACCAGUGACCAGCGCUCUCAUUCUUCUCAUUCUGUUCUCUGCAGGAUCCUUAGCAGACAACCAUGACAAACCACCAUCAGAGAAACCUGGAAAAUGUCCACCAGGAGAUCCAUUGGUACUAUGUGUAGAUCCAUUUCCUGAUGGAGAAUGCAAAUCGGACAGGGGCUGUGAUGGAAACCAGAAGUGCUGCAGGGAUAUGUGCACUCCGACAUGCAUGAAGCCCUUCACAGAGAAACCUGGAAAAUGUCCACCACAAGAUCCAUCGGUAAGAUGUACUUUUCCAUCUCUUAACAAAGCGUGCUACUCGGACAGUGACUGCGGUGGAAACCUAAAGUGCUGCAAUAAUCCGUGCAAUCCGACAUGCAUGAAGCCCUUGACAGGAUGAGUGGUUGGAAGAUUAUCGGCAAAUAAAGUGUUGACCAAGGAUAACCACAGAAGGAUAGGCUUCCUCGUAUUGUAGAUCUGCAGUGAUCAGUGGAUCAUGGAUCGGCCUCUAUAUAUCUGUCAUAUAAACUUGUCUUGUGCGUUGCAAAUGAAUAGGGUUAUUGUUCUCUACCGCCAUGAUCAGUUUCGCUUAUCACUGAUUGUGACAUUUUGCUUUUAUAAGUUUAUUAACACAUUUAUAGGUUGUGCAGGAAGAAAUUUCUGAUCAGAAAAUCUGUAGAAUUUUGAUUUAUUGUAAUGUGACUCUUUUCUUACAUCAGAUCUGGAGGUUCCAGAGUCAGUUUCUGUAAUCAGGCUUAGCUUCUCCGUCUUCUAUUAAUAAAUCGGUGAGAUGCAGGGAUGAGA